GCAUUAUGCAGUAGUUUCGUUCAAUCGUGUAAGCAUGCCGGUAGGUUAAAAAUGACGGAAUAAAAAUUAAUUCGGUUUACGGUGAGAAUUUAUUAUAAAAAAACUUGAGCUGAAAUCUUCAGUACUGAGUAAUGACUAGUGAGUACGGACUACUGCACCGCAUAUUGUUAAAAAAAAAAAAUCUAAAACAAAACAAUAAUUGUUAUCAGUUAAGUGCUUGUGGACAGUGAUAAGAAACGAUAAAGUAUAAUAUGCGCACUGCGAAUGCGCCAUAUUGUCAAAAUCUGCAGUCGGCAGAUUUGUAAUUUGAAUUCAAAUUUUUUUUCCAAAAUUAAUUUUUUAUUUAGUUUUUGAUCUAAGACAGCGAGCCGACUUCGGACUUCAAACCCGAAAAAUGGCCGGCAAAGGCUACUUUUUACAUGAAGGACCCGCCUAUUCGUUAGCAUUGAACAAGGAACACACUCAUGUCGUUGUCGCAGGCAGAAACGUGUUCAAGGUUUUCCUCAUCGAUCAAGGCGGCUUUAAAGAAUCUGUUAACUUACGAUGUGGGAAAACAUCGAGCGUACAGAGUUCAUCGAGCAUGGAUGUUGCUUGGAACCCAGCUGAUGAUAACAUACUAGCUACAGCAACUACUGGUGGUGCUGUAGUUACAUGGAACUUAAACAGAUCGUCUCGAAAUAAGCAAGAACAUGUAUUUUAUGACCACAGAAGGACCGUUAACAAGGUAACUUUCCACUGUGUUGAGCCUAACUUACUGAUGUCUGGUUCGCAAGAUGGAACCAUGAAAUGCUUUGAUUUAAGACUAAAAGAACCACCUAAAACGUAUUCGAGUGAUUCUGAAAGCAUUAGAGACGUUCAAUUUAGUCCUCAUAAUUAUAAUAUGUUUGCUGCAGCAUCCGAAAAUGGUACUAUACAAAUUUGGGACUUAAGAAAAAAUGACAAGUGUUUAAACAAAUUUUCUGCACAUAAUGGACCAGUAUUUUCUUGUGAUUGGCAUUCAGAACUUCCUUUCUUGGCAACAGCAAGUCGCGACAAAAGUAUUAAGGUUUGGAAUGUAACCAACAAACCAAUAGCAGAAUAUACAAUUAGCACAAUAGCCCCGGUGGGUCGAAUAAAAUGGCGACCUUAUCGUAGAUACCAUUUAGCAUCUAGUGCGUUAGUCUUGGACUCUGCUAUUAACGUUUGGGAUGUGCGUCGUCCAUAUAUACCUUAUGCUUCAUUCACAAAACAUACUGAUGUUGCGACGUGUAUAGCUUGGAAAGGAGAUCCUUAUGUGCUUUUAUCUACAAACAGGGAUAGUACAUUACAUCAAAACUUCAUUAGUGAAGCUGACUUGCCUUUGGAGAGUUCGAAUCCUCAAGGUAUGGCCAUCAAUAUAAGUGGCGAUCUCGCAUACUGUUGUCCAACCGUUUUAAAUAAAUCUGAAAUUCACAAAGUUGACAAAGGCAAAGAAACAUCUAGGAAAACGUCAACAACAAGUGGAGAGGAAGAAUUGAAUACUUCAAGUCAGAUGAAUGUAUUUCGAGAUCCAAAAGCUACUUUGUGUCUAUCGGAUGAGACUGACUGUUUUCGGACAUGUGCCACCCAGUAUAAACUUAGCGGAAAGCCAUUAGCCGAGCUUUGUGAGCACAAUGCUAAUGUAGCGGCCAGUGUUGGAAAACCAACUAUACAUCUUGUAUGGAAUAUACUGCGAAUUUUAUAUGAUUAUACAUCUCAUAAUACCCCUAAAGAUGACAUUCAAAGUAAUUCAAACAUUGAGAGUAGCUUUGAAGAAGAUGAAGAAGAUUUGGCUGUUUCUAGUAGUGAAGAAGAAGGUCACAAACCAGAAAGAAAGAAACCAUUGGGCGAUUUCUUUUUUGGAGACACAGAAAUGGACCCUUUAGGUGCCGAGCUUGAUCAAUUUGAAACAAUUGGUUUGGGUAUGGAUAGUAAAACUGUCGAUGAAGACAGCAACUGGGUAGUGCCAGCUGAAUCCAUUACUCUGAGACAUGAAAUUUCACACCAUCCAAUCGUCGAUCAUAACUAUAUGCCGGAACUUUCUCCUGUUGCACACAUAUCUGCGACUAGCCGUAAGAUUACUGUACCUGCAUUGCGAAUAACUUCCCCAGCCAAGUUUGAUCCUUGGGAUCCCACUGAAACUGUUGCAAAAGCUCUGCGUUUCCACGUCGACCAAGGUGAUGUCCAAACAGCGGUUUGUGCUCUUAUUGUACUAAAUGACGACGUAAGAAAUGAACUGACUAACCCUAAAAUUCCUAACCAUCUUUUACAAAUCGAAAUGGAACAAUGGAUGUUAGCAUAUAUUGAUCUUUUGAGUAGAUUCAAACUUUGGUCCAAUGCCACAACGGUUAUACAGUUAUCUCGUAUUAAUAGUAUUCAUCAAUUAAACCGUAUUUCUACUUCGGUGUACUUAAGCUGCGGAUGGUGUUACAAAGGGUUGACACGGAGUAGUCGUCACUGUUUCAAUUGUCGACAUUCAGAAUGUGCACGAUGUGCUUUGUGUCAAAGAGUGGUUCGUGGCAUGUACGCCUGGUGUCAAGGGUGUGCUCAUGGCGGACACAUUGGCCACAUGAAACAGUGGUUUUUGGAGAACAAAUACUGCCCAACAGGGUGUGGGCACAUGUGUGAAUACUAAUUUAAACUAAAUGUAAGCAUUAUGUUUAAUUUAUUAUUUGCUAGUUAU